GGCAAAGCUGCGAGCCAGAGCGGUCAAGCAGGUACACCUUACAUCUAUACACACUUCCUAGUUAGGCUGGCUCCACCACCUUAUAAAUAGCUGAUGAUCAGGCACUUGCCUCCAUUUUCAUUGCGAUAACAUCGAUACAAGAGAUGAAUUAGAAACUUAUAGAGGAACAGGAAGCACGUCUGUCUUACUGUAUACCAUGAGGACGCAUCAGCAGAUGGAUUUAUUUCACAUAAAAAGAGGCUACACCCCGCGAGUGGGUACGUCAAUCAAUCAAUCAAUCAAUGCAGCGGCCUCUUGAUCUCAUCAAAGUAUGGACUCCUGUUUCAUCUCGUGCACAACAGCACAGAGUUGCAUCAUGCAUGUGAUCAGCAAAUAAAGACAGUCACCUUGUCCCUAUACAACUACUUAUUUGCAGGUGCACGAGCUGUUAGGGCACGAUCUCGCACAGGCCGAGGAUACUGCGUUCUUUGUGCUACAAAACUGUCCCGAGAUUAUCGAAGAAUGGUGCGCAAACUAUGGAACGGAGAUGCAAGAGUUCACAGGGGACGGAGAAUGCCAGCCCUGUGCUGCCCUCCUGGCGACGAAGGACAGGAUUCCUGGAACCAAGAAUGA